AAAAACAUUUCUUCUCUCCUCCGUCCCUCCACCCCUUUUCUUAUUUAUUUAUGCGUUUUGUUUGAUCACUCAGUGCUCUCAGUCUCACACACGCACUCCUCUAACGGCGGGCGAACGAGAUGAAUAGGAAAAUGCAGAACGAGAAGCAGGACUUGGACUUGGUGAUUUCUUCUUCUUCUCUGGACGACGAUAUCGACUUCAUUCUCAGCCAGGACCUGUUUUGCACACCGGAUUACCUGACCCCUGAUAACAAGUUUCCUGUGAAAGGCUUCGAUAGCAACAGUGUCGACUUGGAAGAGGAAGAUGGCCCUUGCCCCAAGUCACCAGAGAAGAAGCCAAGUACUUCAAAAGGCAAGCGAUGCCGAAUGGAUGAUGCUAUCUCAGGAGAUACUCUCAGUUCUACCUCCUCUGGUGAUAAUCAGCCAAUUGUGGAACUUGGAAAUGACUUUGUUGGAGAGUAUAUUACUGAUAAGCCAAAGGCUCGAAACUAUGUGUCUCGUUCUGCAGUUGCAUUGCGUUGCAGGGUUAUGCCUCCUCCUUGUAUUAGAAACCCCUUUUUGAAAUGCCUUUCAGAAAAGGAAAUCGACCCUUUUGAAAGUCAAAGAUCAAAAUUUGCAGGCCUCUUCCCUGCACUUGUUGGUGGUGGUGGUGGUGGUGAUUGUCUUUCACGCUACCGCAAUGACUUUCAUGAGAUUGAGCAAAUUGGUAUAGGUCACUUCAGCAAUGUUUUCAAAGUAAUAAAGCGAAUAGAUGGUUGCUUGUAUGCUGUGAAACACAGCACCAGGAAGUUGUGCAAGGAAACAGAAAGGGAAAAAGCCUUGAUGGAAGUUCAAGCUUUGGCUGCCAUAGGUUCCCAUGAGAACAUUGUGGGGUACUAUUCUUCAUGGUUUGAAAAUGAACAACUGUAUAUUCAGAUGGAGCUAUGUGAUCACAGCUUAUCCAUAAAAAAUUGUCCAUCAUUAGUCACUGCAGGACAUGAAAUAGAAGCUUUGUAUCAGGUUGCCAGUGCAUUGCAAUUUAUCCAUAAGAAGGGAAUAGCUCAUCUUGAUGUUAAGCCUGAAAAUAUUUAUGUGAAAAAUGGUGUUUAUAAGCUUGGUGAUUUUGGAUGUGCAACUCUACUUGAUAAUAGCCUUCCAAUUGAGGAGGGUGAUGCACAUUAUAUGCCUCAGGAAAUCCUUAAUGAGAAUUAUGAUCACCUUGACAAGGUUGAUAUCUUCUCCCUGGGAGCUUCUAUGUUUGAGCUAAUUAGCAGCUCGUGUUUGCCAGAACCAGAAUCAGGAAUUCAGUUCUUUAAUCCUAAAGAGGGAAAGGUGCCAUUCUUGCCAGGAGUUUCAGUGCAAUUUCAAAACUUACUCACGGUCAUGAUGGACCCCGAUCCGGUUAAGCGGCCUUCGGCUACAAAGUUGCUGAAGAGGGUCCUUGAAAUGGCAAGAAAUUGAUGAGAUCUGGUUGUUUAUGUUUUGAUGGGCCAUCGUAUGUGUAAGGGGGGAAAACGGCGUAUAGUAUAAUGUAAUGGCCAAUUUGGUGACUUAUGCUAUUAAAGCAUAUUGGUGACUAGCUUGGAUAUAUGCUAUUAAAGCAUAUUUUUUUGAAGAUGUAUUUUUUGUAUAUGUGGUCCACAUUUUCCCUCUACUUUGAUGCAAGUACUGUAAAUGCAAUGGUCUCGCCUGACAAUCUGCACUAGCACUACAUUGUAAAGGAUUAUAGAUUAAGGAUAUGUAAAUGGUUAUUUACAAAGGAGAAGCGAUUGAAACCCAUACUCAUUUGA